GUAUUUCCCCCAGACCAGAGUGGAGUGCCACUACAGUCUGAGCUCUGAGCAUCAGUGGAGCAGCAGUGACUGGAUAGGGAUUUUUGAGAUGGGGUGGUCUUCGCUUAAACUGUAUUACACAUAUACGUGGGCACUCGUUCCUGAUGGCUACACUGAAGGAACCAGUGUCAACUGCUGUUCACUUUUCCAUGCCUCUGGAAGAGCUGGAGACUCUGAAGGAGGAACGGGAUGAGGAGGACGGUGAGGAGGAUCUGCUCCUGGUCAUCCCCAGGGCUCAGCUGCUCCAGAGUCGACUGGAUGAAUGCUUAAAAAAACAAGCAUGUUUACAGCAGGCUCUGAACAACGCACAAAUGGAGACAGAGAAUGAGAAAGAGAACAGCAAUAAAGCAAGGGUGGGGUGGGAGUGUGAAAGAGAAGCUAUGAAAGAGGAGAUCUCAGACCUCAGAGACAACCUGAGACAAAGCUGUGACAUGUUGAAGCAGAUGGAGAAAAAACACAAGGAUGUGAAAUGUAGUCAGGAAAAUCUGACCUCUGAACUUAGUAAACUCACAGCUGAGAAGGUUGAGAGUCAGCAGCGAAUCAGAGACCUGGAGGAUAAUGUGAAGGUUCUGACUGACAUGGAGAAAGAAGGAAGCAUGGAACUGGAAAGGCUGAAGGAGAGAGUGAAGAAAAUGUCCAAUCAAAUGAAAAACGACGAGGAAAAGAAGAAGGCUCUGCAGGUGGAGAAUGAGGCUGCUCAGGUGCAGGUGCAGAAGCUGCGGGAGCGUCUGGAAGCUAGUGAGCAUGCAGCUGACAGCCUGCGCAGGGAGCUGAGAGACCUGAGCACCCAUCAGGGCCAUACCCACAGCGAGCUGCACCAAGCCUGGCUGCAAGUGGGCCAGCUCACCCUGCAGCUAUCUGAGGAAAACCUGGUCCUCAGGGAGGAGCGCGCCAACUGGGCUCUAGAGAGAGAGGCUUACAAACAUGCAGCAGAGAUUGAUAAAAAGAAGUUACAAGAACUUAACUGUGAGGUGCAGAGAAUAGAGGAGUGGCUCCAGGAGGAGAGGACAGAGAGGGAGAAACUAGAAGCAGAGCUUAGGAAGGAGAGAGAUUGCAGUCGAGCUGAGAAGUUGCCAUACCGUGAACCCCGGACUGGUGAAGAGAAGCAUCUGGUCGCACCAGAAUUCACCAGUCCUGCCUUGAGUGAUCUGGCUGAUCCCCCCAUGUGGUAACACAGGAAAGGAUGGACUAAUGCCAGUUUGCUGUUUUACCACUCCAGCAUAAGCUCAUGUAGAAC